AUGAUUAAGUCCAUUGGUGAAUAUGGACAAGGAUUGAAGCCUCCUAGCUAUCAUGAAGUAAGGGUUACUUACUUAAAAAAGGAAGUGGAGAAUGUAAAUGACAUGCUUGAAAAAUAUAAGAAUGAAUGGGAAAAAAAAAUAGGUUGCACAUUGAUGUCUGAUGGUUGGACUAAUGGAAGGGGGCGUUCUAUCACUAACUUUUUAGUGAAUAGCCCUAGUGGAACUGUUUUUCUGAAAUCUAUUGAUACAUCAAAUAUAUCUCACAGUGGCGAAAAUAUGUUUGAAUUGCUUGACUCAAUGGUUGAAGAAAUUGGAGAAGACCAUGUGGUACAAGUUGUGACAGAUAGUGCUUCAGCUUAUGUUUUAGCAGAAGAUAUUGGACAAUUGCCGGUGCAUGCUAAUACCCUCUCCAAGGCUAAGCAAAUUACGACUUUUAUCUAUCGGCAUACAUUAUUGAUAAAUAUGAUUAGAAAGUUUGCUAAUGGUUAUGAUUUGAUUCGGGCUGGGAGUGAUGGCAAGAAGGUGGAAAAUUUAGUUGUUGGUGAUGCAAAAUUUUGGGAUGCCAUUGUGUAUUGCUUGAAAAGUGUUAUACCAUUAGUGAAAGUUUUGAGACUUGUUGAUGGAGAUGCUAAGCCUGCAAUGGGAUAUAUCUUUGAGGCUAUGGAUAGAGCAAAAGAAAAAAUAGCAAAAAAUUUUGAUGAUGUGAGCUCAAGACUCCACUUUGAUCCUAUUUUCAACCAUCAAGAUGAGGAAGUGACAGUUGGUUUAAUUCAAACUAUUGAGAGGAUGUAUCCGGAUAUGUUCCAACAAGGCUGA